GUUGUUUUGCUGCGUUGGCUUCUUUGCUUCCUUUGCUUCUUCUGUAGGCGCUUUCUCACGCCACCCAGCAGCCAGACUCAUCAUCACCAACACCUCCCAGCAGCCAGCCCCACACCUUGUUUCUUCUUUUUGGUUUCGGUUUGGUUGUGUCCAAUCUCACGGCGGCCAUCGCACCCGCUUCCUUCCUCCCUCCAACCACAGAGAUCUCAAACGCAUCGUCAUCGCAUCGUCUCAGACGCUCGUUUUCCGCUCACCUGCAAGCAACCACGCCACAUAAACCCAAACAAACCAACAACAACAACAACGAACAAUCACCCAGGCAAGGCCUCACCAGCCCAUCUCAGCACAACACCGCGUCAGACAGCACCCGCCACCAUGGGCACUAAGGCGUACGAUUAUCUCUUCAAGCUGCUCCUCAUUGGCGAGAGCGGUGUCGGAAAGACCUGCGUCCUCUUCCGCUUCUCAGACGACGCGUUCAACGCCUCCUUCAUCUCAACCAUCGGUAUCGACUUCAAGAUCCGCACGAUUGAGCUCGACGACAAGAAGAUCAAGCUGCAGAUCUGGGAUACUGCAGGGCAAGAGCGGUUCCGCACAAUCACAACCGCAUACUACCGCGGCGCAAUGGGCAUCAUGAUUGUGUAUGACAUUACGAACCCAAAGUCGUUUGACAACGUGAAGAACUGGAUCAAGAACAUUGAGGAGAAUGCAUCGGAGGAUGUUGAGCUAAUGCUGCUUGGCAACAAGUGCGACAUGGAGGAAAGCCGCGCAGUCUCAAAGGAGCAGGGCGAGAAGCUUGCGAGCGAUUACGGCAUCCCAUUCCUGGAGACGAGUGCAAAGGCGAACAUCAACGUGGAGGAGGCCUUCUUCCAGCUCGCGCGAAACAUCAAGAAGAAGAUGGACAGCAAACGGCGUGGGGAGGUGUUGAGAUUGUACCGGCGUAUCCUGCAGGCGGCGCGGACAUGGUCUGCGACGGUUGCCGAGGACACCCUUGUGGAGAGGAAGUACAUUCAAGACGAGGCAAGACGACUCUUUAAGCGCAACAAGAACGUAAGCGAGCCGUGUGUCUGUGUGUAUGCAUUAUGUGUGAUGUGCGUGUGA